AGGUGUCAGUGUCACGUGUGCUGCUCCGCUCGGGAACGAAAGGCAAAGUUUAACGCGUGCAGUUUAUUUUUCUAGUGCCGUUACACGAUGAAUAUUUUCCUAAAAUACGAUUAUUUAUGCCACAUUAACAGUAAAUGAUACAUCUGUAAUAACGAGGCAGGUCAGCGGGAAGUCGAGCCGAGCAAAGCCAAGCUCAGCUACACUCUGGUUGGUAUUUUAACUUCUGGAGAGGACUUUUCAUUUUUACCAUAAGGCGCAGUCGGACGGUGAAAUAAGAAUUCUCGUCGUGACAACGAGAGCGGAACGUUUCGCUUCUUUUCCUCCGUUUGUCUGCAGCUGAGAUCUCAUAAUCGAAGAAGAGGCACUUCUGCCAUUGCAAGGCAAGAUGUUGGCAGUGCAUUUUGACUCGCCAGGUGAAGCUGAAAAUCUUUACAUCAAGGAAGUCGCCAGGCCUGAGCCAAGCGAAGGUGAAGUUCUUAUUAAAGUGCACGCGAGUGCCCUGAACAGAGCAGACCUCCUGCAGAGAAGAGGAUUCUAUUUGCCCCCUCCUGGUGCCAGUGAGAUACUCGGCCUUGAGGCAGCUGGUGUUGUAGUGAGUGAAGGAGCAGACUGGUCUGUAGGGGACAGGGUCAUGGCCCUGCUGUCAGGUGGAGGGAAUGCAGAGUAUGUGACUGUUCCAGAAGACCAGUUGAUGGCCAUUCCCAAUCAGAUGACAUUCAUUCAGGCUGCUGCCAUUCCUGAGGCCUGGCUCACCGCAUACCAGCUUUUACAUUUUGUAGCUGAAGUGAAAAACGGCGAGACAGUACUAAUCCAUGCUGGAGGUAGUGGUGUUGGCACUGCUGCCAUACAGCUGUGCCGGCUGGCAGGAGCUGUUCCAGUUGUAACAGCAGGAAGUGCUGACAAACUGAAGAAGUCAAUGGAGUUGGGAGCUGCAGCCGGGUUUAAUUAUAAAGAGGAAGAUUUCUCUAGCUGCUUGUUGACAUUCACAAAAGGUCAUGGUGCAGAUAUAAUACUGGACUGUGUUGGUGCAUCUAUGUGGGAGCAGAAUGUGAAAUGUCUGAGUAUGGAUGGUCGAUGGGUUUUAUAUGGCACUAUGGGAGGAGUGGAAGUGCAUGGAGAUAUCCUGAGACAACUGCUUUUCAAAAGAGGACAGCUUCUUACUAGUCUGCUAAGAUCACGUAGCCCAGAGUAUAAAUCCAAGCUUGUCAAAACAUUUGAUGAAAAUGUCCUGCCAUAUUUUUCUUCUGAUUCACGGACACCUCUACAUCCGGUGAUUGACAGCAUCUACAAGAUGGACGAGAUUGUGAGUGCCCAUAAGCACAUGGAGGGCAACAAAAACUUAGGCAAAAUAAUCAUUAAUCUAGACAGUGAAGAUUAGUGCUGUAUGAGAUAUUUACAUUAGGAAGAAAUACUACAUUUUCUGUGCAUCGUGUUUUACUUAAGUAAACUAAACAAUAUUUUAAUUAACUAAUUUUAAAAACUAAAACUAAAAUUUUAGUAAGCCUGUAAAUGUGAGUUAAUUUUCAAAGCUACACUGUUAUUUCA